AAAUGCCGUUUUGGAAGGCGAAACGAGCAAACUGGGAUUCAACCUGCCUGCUGCUCGAAAGACAGGAACGACAAUCUGUGGAGUUGUCUUCAAGGAUGGUGUUGUUCUCGGAGCCGACACACGAGCCACUGAGGGCAUGGUGGUGGCAGACAAGAACUGCUCCAAGAUUCACUACAUCUCCCCCAACAUUUACUGUUGUGGAGCAGGAACGGCUGCAGACACGGAGAUGACCACUCAGAUCAUCUCUUCUAACCUGGAGCUGCACGCUCUGUCCACGGGCAGGGUGCCGCGCGUGGCCACCGCCAACCGCAUGCUCAAACAAAUGCUCUUCAGGUAUCAGGGCUACAUCGGUGCUGCUUUGGUCCUGGGGGGAGUAGACUGUAAUGGUCCUCACCUGUACAGCAUCUACCCUCAUGGCUCCACAGAUAAGCUGCCCUACGUCACUAUGGGCUCUGGCUCUUUGGCUGCCAUGGCUGUGUUUGAAGACCGCUACAAGCCCAAUAUGGAGGAGGAGGAAGCCAAGCGGCUGGUGCGUGACGCCAUCGCUGCAGGCAUCUUCAACGACCUGGGCUCUGGCAGCAACAUCGAUCUGUGCGUCAUCACCAAGGGCAACGUGGACUACAUCAGACCGCACGAUGAGGCCAACAAGAAGGGAGUCAGAACUGGCGAUUACAAGUACAAAAGAGGAACGACGGCUGUGCUGACGAAGGCUGUGAGUCCACUGGGCCUGGAGCUGGUGGAAGAGUCCGUCCAAACCAUGGACACCUCGUAAUUUACCAACCCAACGCUUCUUAGUGCAACUCGUGACCCCCUUUUGAAUUCCUGACAUGCUUUUUUUGUCCAUGGUUUACAAUAAAAGUUGAUUGUAAAGUGAA